GUCUUUGAUCAACACUAACAUCGCGGUUUCGUUGAACCUGUUUUACGUAUGAUUGUGGUAUAAAUUAUUAUUCCGCGUGGUAACUUGAACAACUUAACACCUAGCAACAGGCCAUGGCUGUUGUUGUGACUGACAUUCCAAGGGCUUCUCAGCAUCCUAGGCUGUUACUAAAGGAUCAGGUGACUCCUCAUAAAGUCAGUAUGUUGAUAUUGAUUAAAGAAUACCUUACCAUGACCAGCAAAGAUAAGGGAGCGUUCACAAGCUGCCAGAGAAGAGACUUUGCGAUAAUGGUGCUAACAUUGCUACAGAGUCCUGACAUUUCGGUCGAAGCAUUGAUAAAGAUGGUUAAGGAGAUUGACAGUCAGUGCCUUCUGGUAACCUUUAUUGAAAAGUUGAGAGAUGUGUAUAAUGUUGGAGUGGGCAGUUUGAUGGACAAUGUCAGAGCAGCAUAUUCCCUGCUAACAGACAUGGAGUGUAAUCUUCAUAAGAGUAGCAUUGUUGGUUUCUUCAUCAGAAGGUUGUACCUUGGAUUUGAAAGGUUAUCAUUCAACAAAGUGGCUUCAUUGUGCAAGGCUUUUAAGAGUUACUGUAAAGCUAUAUGCACAGAAGAGACGUUGGGCUCGGACUUUGAUGACUCUACAUUACCCAUCGAAUUAGGGAGAGACGAAUCUUCUUUCACUCAGAUUGACAGGUUUGAGGAAGCUCUGGGCAUCUACACACAGAAGCAGGCAGAGUACGUGCUGGCGCAACAAACGACACUGCUGCAGCGCAACGACAAGAACGCUCUAAGCCCCAAGAAACUGCAGGACAUGAUAGGCCAACUGCUGCACAGUCACCCGAACCUAGCCGAAGCUCACUAUCUGAGCUAUCUGAACAGCUUGAGGCUGAAGGACUACUGCAGAGUCAUCGACAGUAUGUAUCAUUACUUCGAUCGCUGCCUGCUGAGCGGCCUCGACAACAAGACGAACGCAGACGACAUCGGACGCAGCUGUCGCUACGCCGCCCUCAACCUCGCUGGUCUCCACUACAGAUUCGCACACAAGGAGGAGGCGUUAGCAGCAGUCAACGAAGCCAUCCGAAUGGCGCAGGAGACCAAUGAUAACGUCUGCCUGCAGCACGCGUUGGGCUGGCUGUACCGAAUUCAAGACUCGACUGGUGGCACCACCCAUGAGCUGCUUGAGCGUUCCAUCACCAAGGCUGGAGAGCUGAACUUGUCUUAUCUAGCAUCAGUGGGUGUGCAAUCAUAUGCGAGGCAGAAAGCUUUGGCAAAAGUGACACCAGCAUGUGUGUUUGAUUUUCUUGUGAAGAGUGACAUCUUGAACUGUCAGCAUUCACAGCUGGACCUGUUAGCGAGUAGCUAUGCACUAAAGGCUGCACUUUGGCAUCGCUACGGCAAUAGCUCGAUGAGGUUGCACUGCAGUCAGACACUGCUGCACCUGCAUCUCUCCGAUCCAGCGAAGCAGAAUGUCUACUAUAAUGGCGAGGCUAUCUGCAUAGCUCUCUGCAACCUGGCGAAUUACCACGCAGAUCAGGGCGACUUCCACGCUGCGACAGAAGUCAUAGGUCACGCGAAGCACAGCUUUCCCGCACACGGGGAGCACGCGAAGCUGUGGAUGCAGUGUGAACAGGCGAUGCUGUUUGACAGGGCCGUGUAUCAGUCCGACUACGAUGCGGCCGACCUCGCCGUUCGCAACAUGGCCGCCGUCAGCGACCUUGAGAGCAGAUAUCGGAGAGCGUUGCUGCUACUGAGCAGCUGCUGUUUGACAGAGGCGUUCCAGAUUCUACACGAACUCAAGGAGAAGUGUUCUCAGCAAGAGCGCAGUAGCACUAAUGAGUGUUCGACCGAAUUCCACGCCAGUGUGCUGAUAGCACUGGGGCAGUACCACGCUAUGACUCCCUACCCCAGCAACGCCAUCCAGCAUCUGACUGCGUGCAUCGCUCUCUGCUCGGACCAUCACCUGCACUACAUGAGAGCGAUCGCCACUCUCCACAUUGCCAGCGUGCAGUUGCAGAUGGAUUUGCCGAACCAAGCGAAAUCUCUGAUCGAAUCAGUCAUGAUAACAGUGCUGUCGAAUGGCUCUUUGUUCGAGAAGUCGAGAGCUAGUCUUUUGUACGCAAAGUGCCUUUUACAGGCGAGCACUGAGGACAAGAAAGAAGACAGGCACUUGGUUCUUCAGAGGUGCAUCGGUAAUGUAAACAUUUCCAUUUCCGGAUUCCGGAUGCUGGAGGCUUCGACGAGACUAAAGGAUUCCGUAUACUGUUUGGCAUUGCUGUACAACGAACUUGGGAAUAUGGCUGCUAGAAACAACUGUGCAUUGCAAUUCAAAGAGUUGGACGCCCAGUACCCUACAGCGAACUCUAAUAGCGGUUGCAUAUUCUAAAGCCGCGAAGAAUCAAUUUGUGUCUGACACUUUCGUACGGAAUGCGUUUUUAAUUGUAAAGCGUUCGUGAAUCAAAUGACAUAACAUUAUAUAUGCAAUUUUAUGCAUUGCCUUGUUUAUAAUAAUAAUCUACAAAAACGAGAAACGUAUGUGACUAAUAAAUACAGAUACGUUAUCAUAAUCA